CUAGGAGAAGGGGAGGUUGCUACCAAGUCGCGGCGGAGACUGGUUCACGACGUCAGCGGGUGGGAGUAUUAUGGGUUGGCAGCGAGGCUCCAGCUGAGGGGAAGCUCCGAGCGCUUUCACUGCUGCGUUCCGGGAGCCAGCGAGUCAACACCAUGGAGCUCUCGGCCGUGGGGGAGAGGGUUUUCGCGGCCGAAUCUCUCCUCAAGCGACGCAUCAGGAAAGGUCGAGUCGAAUACCUGGUGAAAUGGAAGGGCUGGUCUCCGAAGUACAGUACGUGGGAGCCAGAAGAAAAUAUCCUGGACGCCCGUCUGAUAUCAGCCUUUGAUGAGAGGGAACGUGAAAGAGAAAUGUACGGGCCAAAAAAACGUGGACCUAAACCCAAAACCUUUUUACUAAAGGCGAAAGCCAAGACUUAUGCCUUCCGGAGUGAUGUAGCAAGGGGACUGAGGAUGUCUUAUCCAGGCAGGUCUGCUCAAGAAUCCGGCUUCUCCUCCACCAGGUCGAGAGAAGGACUCCGGAGAGACCCCGCGGGAGCUCUGCAGCACACCGGCCUUUCCAGGGGCGAGACUUCCAGAGAGAGGACUGCUCGGGUCGAGGAGAUGCCCAGAACCCACCAGAAAUCAGCCGCUCAUAAACACCGGAAAAAAGGGGCGAAACCCGGUAAAAUGGACUACAAGGACGGUCAAGCUGUCCGUGCAGGGGCCCUCAAAAGGAGCACGCCGGACGAUGUUGAAGGAAGGACACCGACUUACCCCCAUUUUAAACGCCGGAAAUCCGAAGAGCUUGAUUCGGGGAGUGAUGACCUGGAGGAGAGGGUUGAAAGUGAGUUAAUUCACUUGACUGAGAGGCCGGAAGCAAAGCUGGGCAGUGUUGUGCCCAGUCACGGCACUCCCAGAACGCAGCUGAAUCGUACUUCACUGGGCUACGGGGAUAGUAAAUACGGUGCAGACUCUCACCCCCUUCGGACUAAACAGGGCAUGGAAUGCGCACCCUCUAAGAGUGAACCAGGGAUUGACACAUCUGCACUUAAAAGUAAACACGCACCGGAGGGCACGGUCUCCAGGAAUAGUGUGUGUGUGGCCAGUGACAGGCCCGUUUCAAAAUCCCCCUUGCUGGCCAAACACCAGGUCUCCCGAUUUCUGUCGGAGCAGGAAGAGUCUUGGAGCCCAUCAUUGAACAAUCUGGAGAAAGUAGUGGUUACGGACGUUACGUCAAACUUUCUGACUGUCACCAUCAAAGAAAGCAGCACAGACGAAGGCUUCUUCAAAGACAAAGUUUAAAAGAAACGAAACUUGUUUGCCAUACCUGGUGAUGGGAGCGCGUUGAUCGUGACUAACACCUGUCGGUCACAACAGCACUGAGGUGUUGCUGGAGAAAUUGUGACUACUUAUUUCUUCUCUGGGUUGUAUAUAUUUUCCUGCGAGUAGGUAAAACUCGGCUACUCGUCAUGUGCAAGAGACAAAUGAAGUACCCGUUUCGUACGCCUGUGUUCUGGGCUGCAUUUCACAUGCAGUUGGGUAAAACAGUGUUAAACCACAUCAAGCGGUUAAAGCCAAAUAAAGCAACGCUUAGACGUUUGCUUUUGCCGGGUUGGUGAGAUGACAGUCGCUCUCCCUCACCACCUGCCUGUCAACAGAGCCCCAAUGUAAAUGAUGGUAGUGCGUUACUCUGCUUAAUUUCAUUUGUAGAUAUAAACAUACUUCGAGGAUGCUUUGAUUCGAUUUGGAUUCUAGAUAAUAGCUAAAAUGGUAGUAUUUUAACAGUAAACAGCAUUGACUGCAAUGAUUUAGGUUGACUUGUUUUGUUUUCAGACACCGGACUUUUGCCUCUUUUACUAUUACAACAUUUUUUAAAAAAAAUCUCUAAAUACAAUGUAUGUUUUGACAAUGCCAAUUGCACUUUUCAUUAUCUCUAUAAAAUAUAAACAAUAGUUGUUCCGGAGCAGGGCGCUGUACUUUUUUGCUUCCUGUUCUAAAUGUUGGCUUGUAACUAAGUUAUUCAUCCGUGUGCAAACGGGGAGUCCUCCCAUGACACAAUGACUUGACGAUUUGCCGUGUGAAUAAAAAUGCCUAGAAACUGAGGAAAGGCAUUCCUAGAUACUUUCACUCAACUCCUUGUCCCCUUAAACCCUGACUACUUCUGAAAGAAAUUGCACCUGUACUGUCGUUUUCCCCAGUUUUGCAUCAAAACUGAAUGUCACUCUUUGGGAAAACUCUUGGAUGUACACCACAUGCGUCAACUGUACUGAACGUUUUUGACAUUAGGGCCAAGUCAAAUGCCUUAUACUAUAUCUAGGGAUGGCUCCAGACACUUCAUUUUGAACUUGGGGAGAGGACUAUUCAAACUUUGGUAAACAAGUAUAUUUGCAUAGUAAUUGCAAGUAUAAGCUUUUAGGAAACUGCAGUACGUCUGACCCUUGACCUUUUUGACCUUGCAAUUAAAAGCAGGGACAACCCCUCUUCAGAUUAAUGUUGUGAUGUAUUCAUUAUAAGCCAGUCACCAGUUUCUUCUAAGCAAGUAAUUAAAAACAAGAAAAGGGAGAUAGUAUCCAAAUGGUUUUGGGGCAAGAAAAUGGUUGUCAUAAUAGUUCAUGCUGCUAGUCUUAUUGCUAAGUUGUGAAUGAUGAUGUGUGGGGCUUGAGCUAUAUUGACACAUCUGCACUGUUUAUCUAGAAACCCCUUGCCCCCCCGCCCCCAUGUUUUAACAAUGUGUUGUUUUAAAAAGACAAUUACAUGAAAAUGUAUUAUUGAAUCCUUGUCUCCUUCAUCACAAGUACAUUGGGUUUUAACUGCUCAUAGAAAUUAUUUCAAUAGGAAUUUGAUUCUCCUAAGCUAGUUCCCAUGUAACAGUGUGCUGCUCAGUGUGGGAGACUAAAAAGGCCCAGGAACUCUGAAUGAUAGCAGCAUGUUUCCAGUUUGAAAUUCAUUGCAAUAUUCAGAUGGAAUUCUAUCACUGGUUCUCAUUGUACCAAUGAUCUAUCCACGAUCUGCAGACAGAGAUCUAGAAUUCUGGCCUGCUGAGUGGAUCCAAAACAAACAGGGGAAAGACUAGAGUAAUCCACUGUCAUAAUGUAACCUUCAGUCAAACUUCUCAUUUUUCUUUUGUGUCUUUUGACCAUAGAGUUAACUAGUUAACUUCAUGAUCAAGUUUCGUGAUACCAGCAUUUCUAUAAAGUUGUUUGAGUCACUUUUAUAUUGGGAUCAUUUAAGAGAAAACGCAUACAUGGAGGAUUUCGCACCUUUACACAAUCCGAUGUGUUAUCAUUUUUGGACCACAUGGCUAACAAUAAUCUUUGACAUAGGGUUAUGCUGACAAUGCUCGAUAAUUAUGGAUGACUGAAGUACAUUCACAAGAGGAAUUGACAUUCUUGCCCUUCAGGUCAUUUUGUAAAGAUUCAGGAGCUUUACUUUGAAGUAUUUAGACUUUGCAUAAGCAACAUAAAGGAUUGGCAUGAACAGCUCUCUACCGUAUGUGGGUUGGUAUUUACCUUUCAGAAUGAUUGCUGAGGGUGAGCCACAGUCGAAAGAGAAUUAUGUUGGAUAAGAUGCACAUGUUUGUCAAAAUGAUUUACCAAAGGAAAUGUGUUAAUUCUAAUUAUAAGAAUGAACUUGUAAUUAUGGUGAAUGACAUAAGUGGGGACAGUUAUCAUUCAUUGGUGUUUAUGAAUGACGUGUUUUUCUAGCAUUGGGGAAUGAACAAAGGAAGACAAUGUACAAAUGUGACAGUUGUGUAAAUCAAAAUCCCUUGGUCACUUAAAUACUGAUGGGAUUCAAAGGAUAUUGCAUCUACUUUUGAAAUGAGAGUAUGUUAGAUCUAGAGUUAAUUGGAUCUAUUGCACGUUGAAUGUUUUGGCUAUUAAAACUUGAAGAGGC